CUGGGUUCCUCUCUAGGACAGGAGAGGGUAGAAUACAGACAGGGGCUAACACACCGCCUUGUGUAUGUAAAGCAGAGGCCUGGGUUUCCUCUGCCCUCCCCGCCCCUCACACACACUGCUCUUUUUUUAGAAGUUUUAGAAGGGUCUCAUUGUGUAAACUGACUUGAAGGCAGGGCUGCCCUCCUUUCGCAUAUCCCAGCCCCCAUUCCUGUGACAUCAUUCCUUGCAAGAAAGCAGGGAUGGAAUUUUGAUUUGGAAGUCUAGAGAAGAGGCUUUUGUGGGAGUCGAGGGCUGGGACUGCCUGGAAAGUGGAUAUAUUCCAAGAUCUGGGAGACCACAGAUCCCAGAGGAUGAACUUAAGCUGAAGAAGGAUAAAGAUCAAAACAGUGCCAAUUAUUCACAACCUAUAAAUAUCAUUCUAACCAAUACUGAAACUAUGGAGUUGGAGGUCCAGGCCACAGAGCAUAAAGGAGUUGUGUUAAUUACCCCAGAUGUUGUAACAGACAAUCAAAAUGUUCUACUGUCUACACCAACAAACCAGAAUGGACUUAAAGGCAGACAUGAAUCAUUAGAUAGCGACGUUGCAAAAGAGAUAAGAUAUUUAGAUGAAGUUCUGGAAGCCAGCUGUUGUGAUACUGCAACAGAUAACUCUUUCAAUGGAUCCCUUUCUUCUGAAUCAACAGUUCAUGCUUCUACGAUAAUUGUGGAUGGCUCAGGUCCUUGUGUCAGUGUUACAAAUGAAUGUACCACUCCUGAAAUGGAUAUAAUAGCAGUGGACCGUAGACCCCUGCCAGUUGUGGAAUUAAGUGAAUCUAUGGAGAACAUGGAACCAAUUAAAAUUAAUGGUUACUCCAAAGGGGAAUUGAAAGAUGAUCACACUGAUGUAUUUACAUAUCCAGCUAGCCCAAAUUCUUCAAACAGUUCACGGAGGUCAUCUAGGGAUGGUGACAAUCUACCAAAGGUUAUUAAAAAGGAAGCAAAGUUUGAGCUUCGAGCAUUUCAUGAGGAAAAAAAGCCAUCAAAAUUAUUUGAAGAUCUAAAUGAGAAGGAACACUACAGAGUUAAGAAAGUAAGGCCUUCAGAGGAAGUUAUUGAACUAGAAAAGGAAAGAAUUGAACUGAUCAAAAGUCAAGCUGUGAAAAAGAAUCCCAGCAUUGCAACCAAGUGGUGGAAUCCACCACAGGAAAAAACCAUAGAGGAACAACUAGAUUCUGAGCAUCUGGAAUCACAUCUGAAAUAUAAAGAGAGGAAACAAAAACAGCAACAAGGAACAUCUCCACCAGCUUUUAAAAGUAACCCUCCGACAUUUGUACCUACAGAGACAAUUUCUGUCAACAAGGAAGACAUUGUUACUGAGCAAAUAGACUUCUCAGCUGCAAGGAAACAGUUUUUGAACAUAGAAAAUGCAAGCCAGACUAAUAUAAAAGGACCACCAAAAAGAUCUGUUGCACCAAAUCUUUUUUCAGUGAAGCCAUUCUAUAAAGUGAACCAAACCAAUAAACCUCAGUCAUCUGUCAUUGUGACUAGCGCAUCAAGUUCAUCUGUUGAAAUGGUCAGACCUGAUGAGAUUUCAUUGGUGAAAGUGGAAAAAGUGGACGGCACUUCUGAGGACCAAUCAUCAGCAGAGCAAUCUAGGAAAAAAUCAUCAGCAGAAGACCCUGAUUUUGAAAAUGCCACAACAACAUUUACAAUAGUAAAAGAUGAUGACAUUGAUAUUUCAGACCGUUUUGUAAAGUCAGUGACUGUAUCUUCUCUGCCAGAGGAGCUGGACUCCGGUUUAGAUGAUUUGUCCAUUAAAUCUCAGGACACUACAGUCAUGGAAACACUUUCAAAUGAUUUUAGUAUGGACAACAUCAGUGACAGUGGGGCAUCAAAUGAAACUAUUAAUACCCUACAUGACCAUUCACUAGGAGAAUUUUCACAACCCCAAACACCCCUUAAGGACACCCUAUCUGAUUACUCAAUAGAAGGGGUCUCCAAAUCAUUUAGUGAUCAAGGUUUUUAUUCUCCAUCAUCCAUGCUGAAUGACUCUGUUGUUUCAGAUGAUCAAUUGGAAUACCAAGCUGGUAUAUUUGUACAUAAUGUAAUCCAGCAUGCUCUUGCUGAAAAAGUAGGCUUGGCAGACUGUGGAAAACAAGAUUGCUUGAUAGAGAAGAUUGAUGAAACCAAAGAGAUGCCAGAAGGACAAAAAGUGAUAGUAAGUGAUACUACAAGACCACUAAGCCCGGAGAGGAAGGAUGACAAUUUAUUUGAGCCACCUCAGGUUUCUUCACCAGUGCAAGACACAGGAGUUACAGUGACACCAAAGAUUCCAGAGCAACUUAAAACCCAUCAAGUUAAAGCUUUAGAACCUUUACCUAUUCCACCUGUAAUGGAUGAAGAUCCUAUUGAAGAAAACAAGCAUGAAAGUUACUUCAGCAAGUACUCCCAAGCUGCUGAACUAAGAAGCACUGCUUCCAUCUUGGCAACACAAGAACCUGAGAUAACAGUAGGACCUUUUAAAUUGAGAUCAAAGAAGCAGAGAACACUGUCAAUGAUUGAAGAGGAGAUACGAGCUGCACAAGAAAGAGAACAGGAAUUGAAAAAGCAGAGACAGAGACAAAGCUUGCAAGGUCCACCAAGUCCAUCAAGCAAAAAUGCCCCUGUAGUGUCAACAAGAACAGCAUCCUACAAAACUGCACCAGGUAAAAUAGAGAAAGUCAAAUCGUCACCUUCGCUGAAAGUAGAAAGCUUCCCUGAACAAAGUGAUCCACAGCUCGAAGAUGCCACAGGAUCCCAACGUCCUAAAACUCUCAUGCAAACACUCAUGGACGAUUAUGAGAGCCAUAAAAGUAAGAGACGUGACCGAGUGGAUGAUUCUAGUUACACCUGUAAAUUACUGUCUUACAGAGUGACUACUGAGGUCCUUGAGGCAGUAAGAGUGGGUCGCAGGAAGAGCGCACUGGCACUACGUUGGGAAGCAGGGAUAUAUGCCAACCGUGACGAGGAUGAAUAAGAACACUUUCAUGGAAAAUAUACAAACCAAAAAAUGAAUCAUUUAACCAUAUAUUUAUUGAGAAAUAAGCAGCCUCUGCAAUCCAUAUAGAGACAAUGAAGACCGCAUUUAUGAGACAGACUAAUAGACAUGCUUGAACUGAUGGGCACUGGCAGCCAUGUAAAGGUUGGACUCUGAAGACAAGGAAAGAAAGGUGACCCCACGCAUGUGGGCUCAGCUAGGAUGACAUGCCAAGCCAAAAAUGCCAUGCAAUUGCUUUCUUCAUAAAUGCAGCUUUGAAUUACUUUUUGGCAUCAUAUACCCUCCUCUUACCAUAGCAUGUUGGGAGCACCACUGCCCUAAUGAAGGAGCACCUCAUUUGUGGGUCUACUCUGCAAAGUCAUGUACCUACAGGGUACAACCAACCAUUAUUAAACUGUUCAGCUCAGUCGCACUGUAUUAUUGGUCUGUGGCUUCCUGCAGUACAUGGCUAUGAGAAGACGGCGAAAUGAAAGAAAAAUAACCUUGAACCAUAUUAAGAUAUAUAUUUCUGCUAAAUAAUCAAAUUAUUCCAUGAAGAUGGCCAAGUUACCCUGUAGAUAUAUGGGUGGACAACAGCCCCCACAGGAAAAUACUAAAGUGCAACAUUGGGAGGUUCAUAAUAAAAGCACAACAUUUAUCACAAACUGUGGGCAUGUUCACAUUUGUGGCUCUCAGGGAGGAAAGGGUUUUUUGUUUUUUUUAAUGACUAUAGCUUUACGCAAAGACGCACAUCAUCACCCUGGCCCCUUCACAUUAUCUAUCUAUUUAUCUAUCUCAUAUCUAUCUAUCUAUUUAUCUAUUCUCUCCCUCUCUCUCUCUCUAUAUAUAUAUAUAUAUAUAUACACACACACUAGUGUAUCUGCCCUAACACAUGCAGUUGCACAUUUUCAUUGGAUAAUUAGUGACAGCGCCACUUCUUGAGCAAAGCUUUUCAUUGAGUUACACAGCAAGUUAUUAAUUUAAAGAACACAUUUCACUAAGUAUUUUAUUUUAUUUUUUCAAACUCUUUGUAAAGCUUUCCCACUUGACCGGAUGAAAUUGAGGAUGUGAUUUGUGAUAAAUGUGUUUUAUUGAAAUACUACGGAAUGGUUACAGGCACAUUUCAUAAGCUAUAAUAUUCUUUUCAUGUAUCUAUGAAUAAAACCAAACAACCAGCUGCUUGA